AACUAGCGGUGAAGAUUUGGAAACCAUCAGAAGUAUGCGCUUGACAUCUGACUGUGUUUAUAGUGUCUGGGCGUGCUAGCCCCGUUAUUCUCGCAUCAAUCAUAGCAUCGGCCUUAUUUGCAUCACCUCUGGGGCCUAUUGUUAAAUUUGGCUCACAGUGGUACAUGGAGUCGAAAAUUGGAUUACUGGAGGAGCAGAUAAGUACCCUUAACACAGAACUCAGCGAGAACCUGUGUGAGAACGAGUCUUUGGAUAAAAUGAUUCAAAUUUUAAGGAGUACUUUAAAGGAUCUUGAUAAUCUUCAGAGGGAGAUCGCAAACUUCAUGGACUUCUUGAUUAGCAUACAAGACAUUGUGGCGGCAGUCAAAGACGGCGAUGACCGUGUCCUAAUAAGAGACCUUACCGCGAAAGAUAUCGAUGACAUGAACGACGACCCGCAGUUGAAGGAAGACUAUCUUCGAGAUGCUCACCUCAUGAAGAAGAGACUUUUCAUCGCAUCCAGCGCAACAGAACUAUACAAUGAGAUAUCGGAUAAGUUCAUACUUCCUGGCGUUGACUGGGCGGGGAGACUGUCCACUCUCAACUUGUCUGAUGAGGCUUAUGAGAAAAUGGAACUUGAAAUCGAGGCUAAAGGAUCAGAGUUGUCCGAAGGAGCUAAGCGGCUGGUUAUGAAGCGUGUUGAUGAAAUUGGCAUUGAACUAAAGGUUCUCGAUCCUCAGCCGACUGCUAUGCCCCAGGCAAAUGUGACUGAAGUUGUGGAGGACAUGACGGAGGAAUUUGAAGAAAUUGUUAACGCCUGAAGCUAGUCGGCCAUAUGGGUUUUGAUGUUUUGAUGGAGGCACUUUGUAUUUUAUGAUCAACCAGAUUGACAAUGU